AUGUCAAUUAUUGAUGAUUUAUUACAAACAUUAACAUUGUUAGAAGAUAUGGCAAAAAAUAGAGAAAGAGAUUUAGAUAAAUUGGAGACAAAUUUUACCGAUUUUAUAAAUUCUUUAUCUUCUACUAGUAGUCGUGUACAAGAACAACAUGAUCGAAAUCAUUUAGAAUAUCAAACUGAAAUUUUUCAAAAAGUAUUCAACUCAUCACUGGAUUUUAUCAAAUAUAAUCAAUUGAAACAUGAAAGAUUGAUAACAAAUAAAAUAAAGAAAUACAAAAAAGUAAUUUCGAUAAAAUUACCGGUAAUUUUAUUGAAUUUGAAAAUAUCAAAACAAUUUUGGAAAAUACAAUCAAGCAUUCUUCAAUCACACAUUUAUAUAUUGAAACCAUUGGUGGUGGAUGAUAAUAAUGACGACAAUAAUGGUAUAGAAAAGAAGAAAAAGAUACUUAAAUUAUCAAAUGAUUUUGUAGUUGAUGGGAUUAUAGAGAAAUGGGCAGAAGAACAAAAAUCUUGCAAAGAAUGUUGUCAGAUACUGAAUGAUAGUGUCGCUAGAAAUAUUUUACUUGUUUUGUAA